AGGUUGUACAUAUACAUGAAGAAGAGAAAGGAAAUCAAGCUCAAAGAGAAGUGCUUCAAACGCAAUGGAGGUCUUUUGUUGGAAAGUGAGCUAUCUUCACCACAAGGCAAUGUUGAGAAAAGCAAAUUGUUCAACUCCAAGGAUUUAGAGAAGGCCACUGACAAUUUCAAUGAGGAUAGGAUCCUCGGGCAAGGUGGACAGGGUACCGUUUACAAGGGAAUGUUAACGGAUGGAAAAAUAGUGGCGAUUAAGAAAUCAAAAGUGAUAGAUGAGGGAAAAGUCGAGCACUUCAUAAAUGAAAUCCUCAUUCUCUCACAAAUCAACCAUAGGAACGUGGUUAAGUUAUUGGGGUGUUGCUUGGAGACGGAAGUCCCGCUUUUAGUAUAUGAAUUCAUACCAAAUGGGACUCUAUACCAAUACCUUCAUGACCCAAACGAAAAGUUUCAUGUAUCAUGGGACACACGUUUACGAAUUGCAACUGAAAUCUCAGGAGCCUUGUUUUACUUGCAUUCAGCAGCCUCCAUUCCCAUUUAUCAUCGAGACAUCAAGUCCACCAAUAUCCUUUUGGAUGAGAAAUAUCGAGCAAAAGUGGCAGAUUUCGGUACUUCCAAGACUGUUUCCCUCGAUCAAACUCAUGUAACCACAUUGGUGCAGGGGACUUUCGGCUACCUAGAUCCUGAGUAUUUCCAAUCAAGUCAAUUCACAGACAAAAGUGAUGUGUACAGCUUUGGAGUUGUCCUUGUUGAACUCUUAACAGGCCAAAAGCCAAUAUCCUCACUAAGGGAACAGGAAGGAAGAAGCCUCGCAACCUAUUUCAUAAUUUCGAUGGAGCAAAAUCACUUGUUCGACAUUGUGGAUUCUCAAGUUUUGAAAGAAGGUAAAAAGGAAGAUAUUGCAGUAGUUGCAAACCUUGCGAGAAGGUGCUUACACUUGAAUGGGAGGAACCGACCUACAAUGAAAGAAUUGGCAAUAGAGUUGGAGGGGAUAAGGAAGCUCCAAAAUCCUUCGGGCAUUCAACAAAAUCAAGAGGACCGUGAGGCAGCUGAAUCUUAUGCUGCUGCUUUUCCAUCUAGCAAGUCAAACAUUGAUAUGGAUGUCAUUACACUUUCGGAUGUGCAGCCACUCUUGCCUAGUGAGACGUGGUGAAGAUCUGUUUUGCCUCUCUCACACUUUAUGAGUCAUAUUGCUGUGUUUUUCAUGGAAAUCGGUGUUAGGAGCAAAACAAAGAAGGAAGGAAAAUUUGUUCGUUUACUAAUAGCAGGACUUUGUUAGUUA